AGCGAUGACAAGCAAAUGCUCGGGAAUCCAUCGUUUCCCGCCAGGAUUUUGGUUUGGAGCCGCCACGUCUUCCUACCAGAUCGAAGGCGGCUGGAAUGUCAGUGAUAAAGGCGAAAGCAUCUGGGACAGGUUGGUGCAUUCCCGGCCGGAGGCUAUCCUGGACGGCAGUACUGGCGAUGUGGCGUGCGACUCCUACCACCGCUGGCAGGAGGACCUGCAGAUUAUCAAAGAGAUGGAGCUGGACCACUACAGGUUCUCCAUAUCCUGGCCGCGUCUGCUGCCUCUCGGGUUCAGCAAUAAGAUCAGCCAAGAUGGCCGCCGGUACUACAACUCUAUCAUAGACGGGUUACUAGCGCGCGGCGUCGCGCCUGUAGUGACUCUGUACCACUGGGACCUGCCGCAGAGGCUGCAGGACCUUGGAGGCUGGACGAACCCCCUCAUAGUGGACUGGUUCGCAGACUACGCUCGCACAGUGUUCUCUCUCUUUGCUGACCGCGUGCGCACCUGGGUCACCAUAAACGAACCUGGCUCCGUCUGCGACAUGGGUUAUACGGGAGUCCUGGCGCCUGGGAUCCGAGACAUGGACGUUGGAGCGCUGCUGUGCACGAAGCAUGUGUUGCUGGCGCACGCUGCUGCUUAUCGGGUGUACCAAAAGGAAUUCAAGACGAAAUAUUAUGGUGAACUAUCGAUCGCGAACCACGAGAUGUGGUUAGAACCGAAAACUGACCAAGACGUGGAAACUACUUCGCUGGCGAGAGAAUAUUUAUACGGUCGUUACUCGCACCCCAUCUACUCCUCCACAGGGGGUUGGCCGCCCGCGCUGGAGAAGUACAUGGCAGAGAAGAGCAAGAGAGAAGGGUACCCAAGGUCAAGAUUCCCGCCGUUCACACAGGACGAGAUACAACUCUUGAAAGGAUCCUUCGAUUACUACGGGCUGAACCACUACACGUCGCGCAUAGUCCGUACCGCGACCACCGAGACUCGCCUGUCCCACAAGCCGCGAGACAAGCUCCUCGAGUUCACGUCACGAGGAGCUAAAGAAAUUGGCGCGAUGCUGGAGGCUCCGGCACACUGGAAGAUCGGCCAGUCGCCCUGGCUGAAGGUGUACCCAGAAGGCCUUCGGCACCUCUUGAAGCAGAUCAAACAGGAGUACGGGGACGUAAGGAUCCUGAUCACUGAGAACGGGUACUCCGACGACGGCCACCAGCUCCUCGAUCAGGAUCGGCUUGAGUACCACAGGGACUACUUGGAACAGGUUCUCAAGUCCAUCACUGAAGACUCGGUGCGGGUGAUCGGCUACACGGCCUGGUCACUCCUGGACAACUUUGAAUGGAUGGACGGAUACACGUCGCGCUUCGGGUUAUACUCAGUGGACUUCGCCUCCGCGCACCGGCGCCGCGCCGCACGCGCUUCCGCUCGGUUCUACGCAGGCGUGGUGCGUGCGCGCACCCUUAGCGGUCACACACACAACGCCACGAGAUAACUUCGUCUUAAUGUGAUUCCGUGUUUGCAAGUUAAUAAAAAGCCUUGAAAGG